UCUGGUGGGGGGGGUCACGUGGUGCUGUCGGUGCCGGGAUCAUGGCGGAGCUGACAGCUGAGGACGCCGCGGCGCUGUCGCUGCUCCUGCAGGCUCCCUCAAAGGAGGCUCUGCGGGCGGUGGUUUCCCGGGCGCUGUCGCCCUGCGCCGCCCUUCGCACGGGGCUCAAGGAGGAGGUGAUGCGAGCCCUCGAGCUGUCGAGCAUCGAGCAGGCGGAGCAGCUGGUGCUGGCGCUCGCCGCUCUGGCGAAGCGCGCCGUGUUUGUGGGCCCCGUGGGCCCCGAGGAGGCCCUCCGCUUGCUCCCGGAGAAGCUCCCCGCCGGCCUGAGGACGCUGCUGGCUAAGGCGCUGCUCGACAACGUGCCAGCAUGGAGAAGCGAGCUGAUCUCUGACCAGGUGUCUCUACCUCGCCUGGCCUCCAUGGAGUGGAGCGUGCACGUGAAGGCCGCCUCUGACGAGGUUGCGCAUCUGGCUGUCCCUACCUGUCUCCUGCAGCUGCAGUUGGAGGGUGCGGAGGGGACGGGGCCGCUCACAGUGGAGCUUGGACGCGAGACACUGCACACUGUGCUGGAUACGCUGGGGCGCAUCCGCACGCAGCUCUCUGCCGUGGCGCAGCCCUGAACGGGUGGAGGGAUGAGGGAGCGAGGGGGACUCGCGAGGAGCCGUGUGACGUUUCGUCUCCUCCUUCUACACAGGGACAAAUGUCGCUCCUGUGCACCACGGCGUCUGGGGAGUUGAGGGUUGGCAGGGCUGGAAUUGGCCUAACAUCCCAAUGUAGGACCAUGGAGCUCGGGUAAUUAUUUGCGCCCGGUUCUGGUUUGCCCUCUCGCUUGCCCGUGGUUAUCCCAUGCCUCCGAGCGGUAUUUGUGCAUGCGUCACAAAUUCUACAGCGUUUUGAGAUUAAUGUACAUGUGGGACUACAAAUUAAACAUGGGAUCUCCAGCAACAGCAGCGUACAGUUUGUAGUCCAUCCAUCCUCAUGGUGAGAUUUUGAAAACCACUAAAGGCACUGUCUUUGAAUCAGCUUUAGUUGCCGUUAUGAACCAAAAUUAUGUUUUUAUGGGAGCAAUCGAGUUAUGUAAAUGAAUCACGGUGCCUGUCGAUGAAUGAUAUCGAGCAUUGCACAUAUUGUAGUCAAAAAAUUAUCGGAUAAAAUGUUCGCGACCACUUCAAAUGGUGCCCAGCCAUUCCCACUCUGUCCUAGGCUUGCCUGCACAAAUGAGCUUGGUCCCGAUGCCAAAUGUGCAAAUAAGUGUCUAUCGCAUUUCAUAUUAUUCUGUUCCAUCCCUUCCACUCCCUCUCUUUGAUCACAGCCCUCCCUGACAUACCCAGGCAGGGCACGUUGGCUGGGCAGGACAUUAGGUAAAGACAAGGUGAUGAUGGCUAUACAUUUUUUUACAAAAAUAAAUAAAGUAUGCUGGGCUACGGCUGUGUAGAUUGAACGUUCACACGUGUUGUAAUUGAUCACUGUGUGGAGUUAAUACGCUCAAUUAGUUCGGAGAUGACAACGAAUGUCUUGGUGAACCCUUGAUGACAACGGAGUCACCACGGUCGGAGCUCGGGGCGAGUUGAAGCAAGAGGGACGAGCGAUCGUUCAAUAUACUGCUCCCCACUUUCAAAAUCAUGGGGGGACAGCGGCAUAAUACAAGUCAGGGUUGGCAUGUAUUACCGUGCAGUGGAAAGGUGGUGUUGGAGACGCGCUGUGGUAGGCUGUUGGAAUAAUGGUUGUUGUUUAAGUUAGUCUGGUAGGGAGCGCAGUACGCCAUAAACCAGGCAACCCGAGUUUGAUUCCUCAUCGCAACAAGUGAAGAGUGGUAUCUGAACCAGUACUAAACUGCUUUCAUCAGAGUGGUAAAGUCCGGUGAGAUAGUCCCCCCCAAACCUGACACAGUGUGUGGAGGCCUUCAUCCAGCAAUGGAUUGGCCCCAAGUACCUUAUUUGCUGGUGUAAACUUGACAUGUGUUCAGACUUGAUUUGAAGCUUUCGUGACUGCAGGAACUACUCUGUUUUUUUUCCGGUAAAGUCACGUAUAAAUAAUAAAAUAACAUAAUAGCGUACGACGUUUCGGUUGCAACACAAGCAGCCAUCAUCAGGUACAGAAGAGCUAAAUUUAUGAGAGAGGGGAAACGCAUAACCUCAGAUGUAUAUACAGACACCCAAGUAGGGGUAACUAACACAGAUACAACAGGGGACACAAGCAUACCAGAAAAACAGGGUUUAGCAAAAUUUGGAAACCAUAUAAAGCAACACAGACGGUCGGUCAAAACACAAUUAACGCAUAGUCCGGUUGAUCACGCUAUUUCAACCGAAACGUCGUACGCUAUUAUGUUAUUUUAUUAUUUCUUAUUUAUACGUGACUUUACCGAAAAAAAACAAAGAGUUGACAUGUGUUAUUGGAUAUGUCGUAGCUGUUCACUGAAUGUGAACAAGAAGCUGAAGGUGACAAAGAGGCAAACGCUGCUGGGAGGUUUGUGCCAAGAUGACCAACGAUGGCAAAAAAGAGUUGUGUUUGGACACCACGGGCUCACGCCAAACACUUGGUCUGAAGAAUGGACGCAGCUUGGUGGAGAGAACGGGCCAGCGUCUAGCUUUGAUCAACACUUGGUGUCUGGCUCAAAAUGAGUACAGUAAGCCGUCAUUUAACGCGAUCGGUGCAUUCCUGAAAGUGCUGCGUGACGCAAAAAACGCAUUAAACAAAAACAAUUUCCCCAUAAAGUAACGAUAAAAUUUGGCGAGAUACGAUGUACCAGACAGUGAGAAGGCAGGACAAAUAACCACCUUAUAAGAGAAACUGGAGGGUAUGCUACCAUGUUACUGUAUCAUUACAAGUAACUCCACUCAGCCGUGCAGCUCAAGAGAGUAGUUAAACGUCGACCACGUUAUAAUGGUGCGCGUUUCGUGUUACAGCGGUGCGCGUUCCACGUUUUGAGAAGUGUUCCCGAAUGGGAGAACCGCGUUGUAGUUAAAAUGCGUUGUGUGAACACCGCGCACAGUGGUUGUUAUCAAGAAUGCCGAUUCUUGCGGGCUCGUUUCAGAAGUCUAAUUUUGUCUGUAAAUGAGUAGAAAAUUAGAUUGUAGAAUUAUAUUAAACUUGAUUUACUAGCA